AUGUAACUAUCUAGUGUUUCUUACAAAUAUGCCUGUAUAAAUUCACAAUGCAGCACAAAGUAUUUUUAAUGUUUUUACUACAAAGUUGAAAUGUUCAAAAGGAAACAAAUCUUUCUUUUAUUUGCGCUUUUUACGCUAUCAUUUUUACUCGUGUUAAUUGUUUUAAUAAAAAAGCUUCCUUCGACAGAAAGUAAGGUUAAAAUAAAAGUUAAUAAUAUAGAAGAAUUAAUUUUAGAGGAAGCUCAUCAGCUUUCGAACUAUUUCAAAACAAAAAGAUCAAUAAACGAGACAGCGAUUAAGAUUUUUAUAAACGAACUGAAUAAAAUCGUAAUUUCAAAAAACACAACUGAACCACUAUGGAACAUUGCACGAUCAUGGGUGUCCAAAACACAACUGUAUAAUAUGAGUAGUAUUUAUUUGGGAGAUGUAAUUUACGCUCUUAAAAGCAAUAAAAUAUUAAAAGCUGAUAUAGAUAGUAGGGGUACACAGUUAAAAUUGUUUUUAACUUUAGAGGGAAACCAGGGCGCAAUUUUCAAACCCAAAUGGUACAAUAAAGAAAAAAUCAUACAUGGUCCAGUAUAUUCAGGGAAAGAUCGUUAUAAUUCGGAAAUAGUUGCCUUUUAUUUAUCGGGUAUUUUACAAAAACCGCUAGUGCCUCCUUGUUCAAUAAGAAAAAUAUCAUUGCAAAAAGAUAUAAGACCAGUAGCUACUGCACGAUUAAAAGAUACCAUAAUUUUUGUAAACGAAACAACGUGUGUUUACGGAAUAUGUUAUUACUGUAAUGAAAAAGAACCAGCCUGUGAAGAAAAUGGUCUUCUUACUGGGGCUAUAAUCUUAAAUAUUAAUACCACAUUUAAUAUUUAUAAGUCACCUUGGCGAAGAACUUACAGAAACAGGAAAAAAGCGCCGUGGGAAGAAAAUGAACACCAUUACUGCCAGGCUGUACAAAACAAACUGCCAGAAAAAAGAAUUUUGGACCUUAUUGAAGUCGCUAUUUUUGAUUUUUUAAUUCAGAAUGGUGACAGACACAGAUAUGAAACACUACAAGACACCAUUCUCCUUGUGGAUAAUGGAAAAGGGCUUGGGAAUCCAUUUAAAGACCAUAUUGAUAUACUGGCACCAUUAUAUCAAUGUUGCAGAUUAAGGAAAUCUAUGUGGACAACCCUUCAAAAUUUGUCUGGUGGAAGAAUAAAAGAAUAUUUGCAACAAAUGCCAUAUGUUUAUGAACUAAUAACACACCACCAUUUAGAUGCAAUUGAAAGAAGACUGUUAAUUGUGUAUGCUACAAUUCAAUACUGCAAAAAAAGAGAUAAAUUAAAACUAAUUUGACACAAUAAGUCAUUAACGUCUC